GUACAGUAAGAAAAUACCCCUUCUUUCUCCUUUGUAAAGCCUGGGUGCAGGGCAGCGGCAGCUCCUCCCAAGCUGAUCCUGGCGAGAGAGUGAAUGCAUGCCCGCCCUGGCGGAGAGAAUUUGAGAUCAUUGAAUCGAUGCAUUGCUUCCAUUCCAAUCAUUAGUGCUAGGCCGAGCUCGCUCGGAUCAAUCAGUCGCGGAUAGAAGGCGCUAGGAAGAGAAUUCAAUGGCGUCGUGCAUGCUGGCGCUUGCUCUUCUUCUCUUCCUCGCCGGAUCGACGCCAAUUGCGAUUGCCGGUAGCAGCGGUCGAUUGCUCAAGAGCAGCCACGAAUCCACAGUGCUGGACGUGGACGCGGUGCGCCAAUCUCUCCUCCAUCGUCCGGCCAAAGGAGCGAUCGACGAGGAGGAGAAGAAUGCAGUAGCGGAGAAGGAAGAAGAGGUGAUGUCCAUCGUCCACUCGAGCCACUUCUCCGCGCACUCCACCAGAUCCCACCGCGAGGCGCUCGAGGCGCGGCUCAAGAUGGACGCCGCGCGCGUGGAAGCCAUCGCUCAGCGCCUCGAAAUGGCGCUCAACGGCGUCAAGCACCGCGAUCUCACGCUCGUCCACAACGCAUCCUCGUCGCCCGCCACCGUCUUCUCGCAAUCCGAGGCCGAUUCCUCCUCGGGCAGCCAGGUCACGUCCGGCCUCGCGUUUGGAUCCGGCGAGUACUUCGUGCGCGUCGGCAUUGGAUCGCCCACCAAGCUCCAGUACCUGGUGAUGGACACCGGCAGCGACGUCCCCUGGAUCCAGUGCUCGCCUUGCAAGAGCUGCUACAAGCAAAACGACGCCGUCUUCGAUCCACGCGCGUCCUCCUCCUUCCGCCGCCUCUCGUGCUCCACGCCGCAGUGCAAGCUCCUCGACGUCAAAGCUUGCGCGAGUACGGACAAUCGCUGCCUCUACCAGGUCUCGUACGGCGAUGGCUCCUUCACGGUCGGGGACCUCGCCUCGGACUCCUUCUUGGUUAGCCGAGGCCGAACGAGCCCGGUGGUCUUCGGCUGUGGCCACGAUAACGAGGGACUCUUCGUUGGCGCCGCGGGGCUUCUCGGCCUCGGCGCUGGGAAGCUCUCGUUUCCAUCCCAGCUCUCCAGCCGGAAGUUCUCCUACUGUCUCGUCAGCCGCGACAAUGGCGUCCGGGCCUCGAGCGCGCUGCUCUUCGGGGACUCGGCUCUUCCCACCUCGGCCUCGUUUGCUUACACGCAGCUGCUCAAGAAUCCCAAGCUCGACACCUUCUACUACGCUGGCCUGUCCGGGAUCAGCAUCGGAGGUACGCUUCUGUCCAUCCCUUCCACGGCUUUCAAGCUCUCGAGCAGCACCGGACGCGGGGGCGUGAUCAUCGACUCGGGCACCUCCGUCACCCGGCUGCCGACGUACGCGUAUACGGUCAUGAGGGACGCGUUCCGGUCGGCGACGCAGAAGUUGCCUCGGGCAGCCGACUUCUCGCUAUUUGAUACGUGCUAUGACUUCUCGGCCCUGACCUCCGUCACCAUCCCGACUGUGUCUUUCCACUUCGAAGGCGGGGCGAGCGUCCAGUUGCCGCCGAGUAACUACUUGGUGCCGGUUGACACGUCCGGGACGUUUUGCUUUGCCUUCUCGAAGACUUCGUUGGAUCUGUCCAUUAUCGGGAACAUCCAGCAGCAGACUAUGCGUGUCGCCAUUGAUCUGGAUUCGUCUCGGGUUGGUUUUGCUCCCAGGCAAUGCACUUGAUUCCAUCGACUUAUAAAAUAUAUAAGCCAUAUAACUGUAUGUAACAAGCCAGUCUUUUUGCCUGGAAUGUAAACACCGAACUGUCAGAAAGAUCGA